CCCAAUCGUCAGACCUACUAGGUAAGUAAAGAAAGCAAGAUAAUGGAUAAUGCCUGGAAUGCUUGGCUCCGCCGCCCCCUUUUUUCCAUCCUAUUCUUGUCCUAUUCUUAUCCCAUUCUUAUACUAUUCUUGUAUUAUACAUACCUACAUAUCAUACUCAUAUCACACUGCCCAUAAAGGAGGUUCAAGAUCCAAGCUGGUUGCGAUCCACUUUACGGGACCAGUCGCCUGUCCUGUUUCAUUUGUAGAGAUUGUUGUUUCACAAUUGCCUAUCACAGUCGUCACUUUGUCACUUCGUCACUCCCAUUAUAGUGAAUCUGCAGCGAACCGACUAGCUAAUCGUCUCUUCUGUUUGCCAUUCAAUAGGUCUUUUUGAUAAUCGCGAAUCCACCCAAUCGCCUGGCCUGACUCUUAAUCUUUCGUCAAACAACCCCUUUCGCAACCGUGCGGCCUCGCCUAACAGUUUGGUCUCCCCUCCUCGUUCUCCAUUUGAUGACCCUCCUCCUCGACCUACUUCGAGAAACCCUUUCCUCGAUAUUUCAUCUACCACCACUGCAACUGCGAAUUCGUCCGCCAAGAUGUCAUCAGUUAAGGAUCAUAAAUCGUUCACCGCCGAGGAUCUAUUUGAUAACAUGACGCUUGACGAUGGCAGUAAGGAUGCGAAAACCAGAACAGCUCCCGGCCGACCGGCGAACCGCCCUCCCGGCGGUCCACCUCGUGGCGAAAAUAAUCCUCCCCGUGGUCGCGGUGCGCCGCCUUCCUCGUCUCACAGGCCGACCCGGUCGCAAGAAGAAGCUCUAAAGGCUCGUCGAAUGCAUAGCGCCUCAAACGGAGGGGAGAAGGGCCUCUCUGGUUCUCCCCAUAGGAAACAGGCAGACCGCCGCCCUCGCCGCAAUAGCGAUUCUUCGAUGAUUGAGAAGCCGUUGACGGAGGAGGAAAAGAAGGCACGCGAGCUUCGACGCAAAGAGCGAGAGCGACGCCAUCGCGAGGGCAAGGAUAAGGAUAAGCCGAAAACAGCGCGAAAAAUCGAUAUUAUCGAUCAGCUUGAUGCUACGAGCAUUUACGGAACAGGGCUAUUUCACCACGAUGGUCCGUUUGAUGCAUGCAACCCGCACCGAAAUCGUAAGGGUAGUCGUCGUGCGCCUAUGCAGGCAUUUGCCAAGGACUCUGCCAACAAUUCUAUUGGAGGCUCGGGUCCCCUAAAUAAGAGGCCUGAUCAUAUGCAAUUCAUGGGCCAAGAGCCUCACGACGUCUCCAACAUGUAUGGGAACGUUGUUAAGGAGAGGUCUUCAGGAAGCAAGAGCGAGGCUACCUUGUUCGAUCCGAAGCAGGCAAGCGAAUUCGUUGUUGGCGAAGAGACACUAGGACUCGGAUCUUCAACCUUCUUGGAAGGUACUCCAGCAGCACGUGCCGCGAUCCAGCGCAACCAAGCUGAGACGGCGCAAGAGGUCUUGGAGCAGGGACUGGGCAGAAAGAAGUCUGUGGUACAGCGCUUCCGAAGCAUCAAGCGAGCUCCGCGUGAGCCUCGCGAAUUCAACCCGGAUGGUGACCGCUACACUCCUAGGACUGGCGAUAUGCCUAGUGGCAGUAGCACUGGCGAAAGGAACCCGUUUUUUGCAGAGUUUGACGGCAAGGCAGAAGAGCGCAUUUCUGUCAAGCAUAAGGAUUCGAACCAGGUACCUCCCGUGACGCCGCCGGUGCCUAGUCUUGAACGCCGAGGUACCAAUGAUGGAGCAGAGUCUCCAGAUGGUGCUAGGCAGGCCAAUGGGUUUAUGUCGCGUGUCAAGAGCUUGAAGGGAGGGCGACGGCCGCGACCAGAGGUUCCCAGCAGAGAUGUUCCACCUGCCCCCGGCGUGGCGAUGUGAGCUACACAAGGAUUGGUGCACUAUAGUGCUAGGAAGCAUUUUUCAUAAGGUAACCGGCAUUGGUAGCUACGUCUUCAAGUUGAGGUUGUCUUGCUGGAUGUUUUGAACAGUAGCGGGGCUCUGUUACACUUGGGGUUUACGUAUUCAGUGUGACAAAGCUUAUGGAUGAAUAUGUUUCCGACGCUUUCCUCUUGAAAAUACAAGGUCAAUAUGUCUGGGAGAUGGAACGUGGGGAAAGCUGUUAGGAGCCAGUCAGCUACAACAUGGACACUCACUUUAUAGGCCUCGGCUUCGUGUCAGGAUAGGUAGUUUCUUGAGUUCUCUUAAAUUCCUAAGGGAGAGGUGGCAAGUCUAGGUAAUCUGUGAGCAUGACUAGCAGAGGUGGCAAAGGCGCAAUGGAAGACGGAGAGGCAUUACCGGUGGUCCCUAGGUGAAAUUCAUGCAGAUUGAAUUGGGCAAAUCGAGGCUCAGCUAUGCGGUGGUGCGUGCUGCUGAUAUCGGAAAUAUGCUGUGUUAAGGAUUAUGACAUUCGCUGUAAAGUAUCUCCACGUCGGAGCACCUUCAUAAUAUAUUUAUAGACUUCGUUGUGCGACUAGAAAUUCCUCAUUAAUUAAUAUUCCAUGGUUAGGUAA